CAGUAAAUUUGGGUAAGAAUCCUUCUGAGCCUGCUGUGACUUUUGUUUCCCCUAAGAUCUUUCCAGCAGUGGUGCUGAUGUAUGUGUAUGAAUGCUGAUGAUUUGCAUGUGCACAGUGCGGAAACAUCUUUAUUUGAUAGCAGAACAAAACAAUCAAGGCUGAUUGCAGUGAUGCAAGCAGGAGAAACGCUGCAGUAACCUGUCACUGGCCAGUAUUGGCCAGGGGGCGGCUUUUCCUCUGGGAAAGGGGUUUGGGUCGAACUGUCAGAGGGUACAAAUCUGACUGGGAGCAGUCUGAGGGUAAAUAGUGCAUAGUGCAGGGGGGGUAUGAAAAUACAGUGGCCUUGGCUUGAUUUAACCUUGUUGCCCUCACAACUUACCAACUUAUUGUGUUGACAUUCACUGCGGUACAGUCAGUCAAACAUUUGAAAGGGAACCUGGUACUUCCUCCCUCAUUCAGGAUGAUAACACAAACCUGCCACUCUUACCUGAUGAGAAGACAGUGCAAUCAGGAGUUCAGUUGACCAUCGUACCAAGAUGCUGCGUUGGUCUCUUCUAUUACUCUUCUUGUCUGCAACAGCAGGUAAUUUCCAGAGUGUUGUUGCAAAGCCAGUGAUUAAAAAGGAGGGGGAUGAAGUGAAGUUAACAUGCAAUCUGGUAGGAAAUUUGACAAUUUCUUGGUAUUAUUUCAACCACACUCUGGGUGGAUACCGCAUUGUAGGGGGAGAUCUAUACCACAUUGUAGGGGGAGAUCUAGUCUUCCAAGCAACCGUUGAGAGCUCUGGGAAAUACCUAUGUUCUCAUGAGCCAGACGAAACACCUUUCAGUCACGCUUUCAACCUCACCGUAGUAGAGCGAUUGGCGAAGUUGGAGGUGUCGGCCACUCCCUCCCACCUCGUUGUCAUGGAGGGUCAACCCGUGGUGCUGAAUUGUCAUGCCCCCACCUCUUCACUCGCUGUCAACUGGUCCUGGCACAUGACACCUCUGAACAGAUUGGAAAUUAACGUGAUGUACACUGGGAGGGAUGUGGUCAUCUCCAGGCCAGAGGACAGCGGUUACUACCACUGCAUGGCUCAGAGCCUAGAGAUGGGGAUCAAUCAAACGGUGAACAGCUCAUCAUUCCUGAUUCAGGUUUUGGCCAUGCCAAAGACGGGACUGGCUCUUGUGGAUCAUUUGGGUCUGGCAGGCUUUGGUCUGUCUCUCCUGGGUUGGCUCAUCCUGCUUGCUGCUUUGCUGUUUGCCAGGGGGGGUUAUGCCACCUGUUGCACGCUUCUGGAGGAAGUGAUAUCCACAAGUGCCAAGGCUAAAGGUUUGACUGGAUCUAAAAUGGCCACAAGUGAUGGCCUGCCACAUGUUGAAAGUCAAGGUAACUACAUGAACUACACCGGAACCAACCUAGCCUACGGAGACCUGAAGCCAAACUCCAUGACUGGUCAUAAUGUCUACUCCAACCUAUCCUAGACCUCCAUGACUGGUCAUGAGGUCUACUCCAGUAUGUUCUUGACCUCCAUGACUGGUCAUGAUGUCUACUCCAGCAUUUUCUUGACCUUCAUUACUGGAAAUGACGUCUAAUCCAGACUACCCUAGACCUCCAUGACGUCGCAUUCAGCCUAUCCUAGACCUUCAUGAUUGAAAAUUACAUAUAACAGUAUGGCCUGACCUCCAUGACCAGUAUUUGACCUCUUUGGAGAGGAGAAAUUAAGGUUGACGGGGAAUGGCAAAAUUACAUUUCCACUUUUAUCAACAGCUUUUGAAGUUUACAUGGAUUGUCCGAUGUUUGUUAUCUUAUUUUUACAUGAAAGUACAAAUUUUGUUUUUCGUGUUUGAGAAAUGGGAAGAUGUUUAUUUGAAUAAAUAACAUAAAUGAAGAGACUACAUGCAUUAUGUUUGUCGUUAAAAAACAAUGGCUUAAGAGGAACAUCAAUCAAACAAACUGAAAAGAAACAAACUGGAAGAAAUUAAUGAUGUAAUUCGGAUUUAGGAAUUUGGAUUUAUCAUGUAAGUCCUCAUCCUCAUCUACAAAACCGUUUAUCUUGGGUCGGUUCUAGUCAAUAUACACAUAUCCAACAAAACAAAUAUGGCUAGAACAUUUAGAAUCACUUCCUUCCGGAUAAGACUUUUCUUCUGUGGAAGUUUCCUCAACAUGUUUUCUGAUUCAUGUGAUUUGUGUGACUAUGUGUGGACCUUACUUGGUUUAGAUGUGUGUACAUUUGAUUUACACAACUAUUAACCAUUCAAUAUCUUGGUCUUUUGCCAGUGUUCAAAUACACAAACAAUUACACAAAUGUCUUCCUGUUAUAGGGGGUAGGAGAAUAUUUUCUUCCCCCUUCCUUCAUUGGAUGAACAAAGAAAUAGAUUCAAACAAGAGACUAGUUUGACAGAGUUGAAGCCUUCUUGGAGCCUGAUACUUUCAGAAUGACUGAAUCACAGAAUGAUGCAUACCUUACGUCUACAAAAGUUCACUGCCUUAAAAACAUUUCACAAUAGGAUCCUGUUUCGCAUUUCAAUAAAAUUCCACAAUGACAAUUGCGACGCAGCAUGCUUUCUUC